UUCAGCUGCAGACCUACGGAAUGUGCGUAAACUGUCUCUUAUGCUGGAGUGCAAAAAUACUCUGCCAAACGGGCGCCGUCUCGUUUGCUGCCUGCGCGUGUCUCCUAGGAUGAGAAGAUGCUUGGAUGCAUCCAUUACGGAUUUCGUUCUUAUUUGAACUGAAUAACGCUUUAACUAUGUUAAUGUACACGUUUAUUCACCCUCUUUGUGUCGUUUGUGGAUUCUGCUUAUGUUGAACGUGCUAUCGGUAUAUGAAGUCCCUUCGUUGCGUUGGUGCUGCGGAAGACAAGAGAGCCGAGCUAACAGCCGUGGAAGCGAGCUAAUUAAUUUAUAGAAGAGAAAAAGAGGGAUAGAUAAGGGGUUGAGGAACUGACGAGAGGAGAGGGAACGAAAGGAGAGAAAACGUCGACCUCACGGCCCAGCAAUUGAAACAGAAAGUGAGGAGCAUCUACCCUCCAUAGAGACACCCCUUUCAAGAGCUGAUUCACCAAACAUCUCCUUUGUUAUUUUAAUAAUUGUCAUGGGACAAUUAUUAAUUCCCUAAAAAGAUAUGCUGAAAAAUUGAAGGCAUUUCAUAUUUAAACUGACAUGAACAAAGUCAAUUGAGGAAAUAUAUAUGAUCAAUCAAGAGAACAUUUAAUAUCUAACAGUUCUUCAUGAUUUUUAAAACGACUUGAAAGAGAAUUGGUAAAAUGAACAUCAAAAUAACCACUUAAUUGUCUUGUAUUGGAGGUGAUUUAUCAACAUAUUAGAACUAAGGUUGGGUCAUGACUAAUUUGACAUGCAUGUUGUCAUGGUGACCAGCCCCUCCACCCCCUCCCCCCUCCUCUGGUUGGUCCAGCUUUUGCUGUGGCUUCACCACCAUGGACCUCAGCUGACAGAGGCCGUGCCCCCAUGUCCCAACCCCUGUAGCUGCUCCAAUCAGGCAAGCCGAGUCAUCUGUACAAGGAAGAGUUUAGAGGACGUACCGGACAGUAUUUCUGUGAACACAAGAUACCUCAACUUACAAGAGAACACGAUUCAGGUGAUAAAGUCAGACACGUUCAAGCACCUGCGGCAUUUGGAAAUACUGCAGCUCUCCAAGAACCACAUCCGACAAAUUGAGGUGGGCGCGUUCAAUGGCCUGCCAAACCUCAACACCCUGGAGCUCUUUGACAAUCGCCUCACGCUGGUACCGUCACAGGCCUUUGAGUACCUCAGCAAACUGCGGGAGCUCUGGCUACGGAACAACCCCAUCGAGACACUGCCAGCGUACGCCUUUCACCGCGUUCCCUCCCUGCGCCGGCUCGACCUGGGCGAACUCAGGAAGCUGGACUACAUCUCCGAGGCCGCCUUUGAGGGCCUGGUCAACUUGCGCUUCCUGAACCUGGGCAUGUGCGGCCUGAAGGACAUCCCCAACCUCACGCCCUUGGUGAGACUGGAGGAGCUGGAGCUGUCGGGAAACCAACUGGGGCUCGUCAGGCCGGGCUCCUUCCAGGGCCUGGUGUCGCUGCGCAAACUGUGGCUCAUGCACUCCAAGGUGACGGUCAUUGAGCGCAAUGCCUUCGACGACCUGAAGAACCUGGAGGAGCUCAACCUGUCCCACAACUCUCUGCAUUCGCUGCCCCACGACCUCUUCACUCCACUGCACCAGUUGGAGCGGGUGCACCUCAACCACAACCCCUGGGUGUGCAACUGCGAUGUCCUGUGGCUCAGCUGGUGGCUCAAGGAGACGGUGCCCAGUAACACCACAUGCUGCGCCCGCUGCCACGCGCCACCAGUCCUGAAGGGCCGGUACAUUGGUGAGCUGGACCAGAGCCACUUCACAUGCUACGCUCCCGUCAUCGUAGAGCCACCCACCGACCUCAAUGUCACAGAGGGCAUGGCCGCGGAGCUGAAGUGUCGCACUGGCACCUCCAUGACGUCUGUCAACUGGCUCACCCCAAAUGGCACCCUCAUGACCCACGGAUCGUACCGCGUCAGGAUCUCAGUCCUUCAUGACGGCACCCUGAAUUUCACCAACGUGACUGUGCAGGACACAGGCCAAUACACCUGCAUGGUGACCAACUCCGCCGGCAACACCACGGCGACUGCAGUGCUCAACGUGUCCUCCUCCGACUCCAGCAACCCCUACAGCUUCUUCACCACUGUCACUGUUGAAACUGUGGAAACAAACAAUGGUGAGGAUGCUGGGAGGCAGUACAUCAACGAAACCUACGUACCGCCAGAUUACCUGGGUCCCACUUUUUCAGGAGGGGUACUGGGUAAAGGCAGGGCUGGAUUCACCAUAUCUCCAUCUCGCUCUUCUCUCUCCUCUUUCUCCCCGCGAGCCACCAGAAAUACUGAAAAUACAGUCACAGUGUCGAUAAUGGACGUCACAAACAUCACUGGCCUGGACGACGUGAUGAAGACCACCAAGAUCAUCAUCGGCUGCUUUGUGGCCAUCACCUUCAUGGCAGCCGUGAUGCUGGUGGUCUUCUACAAGCUGAGGAAGCAGCACCAGCUGCACAAGCACCAUGGCCCCACCCGCGCCAUCGAGAUCAUCAACGUGGAAGACGAGAUUGGUGCCGGGGCCGGGAGCGGCAUCUCAGGGGGAUCGACCAUGCAAUCCGGGUGCGGAGGAGACGGAACAUUGAGAAUGCAUCACCCGGAAAUAGUCAACCUUCCCAACUUCGGGCGAUCAGAGCAUCUUAACCAUUACUACAAGGCCAAUCAUUUCAACAACAACGUGAUGGGUCUGAGCAUUGGGACAGGGGCAGGAGUCGGUACUCUAAGCAACAAGAACAAUCCGUCUCCACUUAACCAGCAAGGCCAGGAUAUCCCGAUCUCCUGUACACAGGUCCCAAUCUCCUCAGCCACUUUCCAGACCAUGUCUGGAAACGGCACCAACACCAACCCUCUUUCUGUUUCCCCACCUCUGCCAAUGUCCCUCCCCAUGCCCCCCAUGGGAUUACACGGAUCGAUCAAGGGUUUCAUGGUCCAGAACCAGAAUCCACAAAUGGAGCCUCUUCUGUUCAAGGGAAACUCAAAGGAAAACGUUCAAGAGACUCAAAUUUGAGAACAAAGAGUGAGGAGAGAGAGAGAGAGAGAGAGAGUGCAAGGGAAAGACAGAGAGGGGAUUGAUGGCUGGUUUACGCACUGAAUGAUUAGACACUACAGUGCAUUAACAUUACACCAAGAGAGAGGAUAGACUGACACCGCAAUACACAAACACAUAGACUGGUCAGCUAAAGUGUACUGAGCCAAGGAUUACCACAAUGGGCCACUUGUGUUUGGAGUAACGGUCACGGCAAUGGAGUUAAAAAUCGAACAUCGCUACAAUGUAAAUCUGUGCCAAAGCAAAUGUUUCUUGCAGUUUCUACGAGUUGUAUUCACAUAGAAUAAGUAACCUUUCCAAGUACUGUUGCUCAAUCCCCUAAGUCUUUGUUGGCAAGUCAGUCAAGACUUAAGACAUGCACAGCACUUACCACAUUGACGUUUGAGUUAUGAGACAUUACAGGAAAAAAUACUAGACAUUUCUCUUUUACAGAAAACACUUGCGAAAGACUCUCUGAUAUAAACUCAAUAGUCUCCCUUGAGGCCGUAGGUAGGCAGAAAUUGAAGGACAAAAGGUACAGUACAGUACAAAUUACUGUGAAAAUUCACAAAUUCUAUAAGUAUAUUUUCAUUUGAAUAUGUAACAUUGCAGAUUCCAAUGCAGAGAUAUUUUGGAGGAUGUAUGAGCUGUAAUAGUUUGUUUUGUGAAUAAUCAGGGGUGGUGAUUGUGAAGGUUGAUUAUACGAUACAUAUGUUUUGAGUUUGGCUACUUCUCCAAAACAUAAGGGCUCAAUUGCAACACUCAUUGUGAUUCUAUGAAUUUGGCUUCCAUGAAUAUUGGAAAAUCGUAGGAGAGGUCCCACAGUUUUCUGUUUGACAAGCUUUUGUCUGUGUUUCACUCCCUCUGCAGUGAUGAUAACUGGACAAUUCUGUUCUUGUUUGUUUUGAGAGUAUAUUCCAUAUAUUCCAGCAGGCUACUUGAUUAUUAAAAUGAGCUUCAGGUGCCAGCAUGUGUCAUCAGCAAAUUUAGGUGAAAUAACAAAACACAUCAACAGUGAGCUAAUAUCUUGCAAAGAAUUGUAUGGGCAACGGGAAAUGUUGACAAAGUGUAAAACAACAGAUCAGUGGCAAGAUAUUUGCUAUAAGUGGGGAAUUUGAUAUGAACUCCUUUCUCAUGGUGACCAUUUUGAUGCCACAUAAUACUGUCAAAAGGGUGAUUAAAUGCCUGUCUUUGAAAUGGCAUUCAGUCGGUGGAUUCAACCACCAUCUUUGGUUUAGUGUAACAGAAAUGUAUGAUAAUAGUAUUUGGUUGUAUGACAAUUCUACAAACCACCUUUUUACAGUGUACCUUUCAUGUGUUAAUACCAUUUAAAGCUUUGUGCAUUUAAACUGUCGUCAAUUAUUUUUUGCUUAGUUUGAUAUAAUGUGUACAAUUGUCUAGCCAUGUGUCAUUCACAUAAAUAAAUAAAUACAUAAAUCAUAUAUCGAGGUCUUGGAGGUCAAUGGAAACCAAUUGAAACAUGCAGUAGUAGGCUACAUUUUUCAAUAUAGGUUGAACCUAUAUGGUAUACGAUUCACCCAUUAGUCAUCUUGGUAACCAUAGUAUGAUGUCUGUUCUCUUAAUAUCUCAUGACAGGCUUUUAGUCAUUCUUAUGAGAGAGUUACAUUGGCAUUAAAAGGCUGCUUAAAGUGACACAGAAUCCAGUUUGUCUCCUGAAAAAGCUUCCGCUUCACUUCUUAACUCCGAGAAAAUGUGAAAAUGGUUGUUGCAAUUGAGAGCCAACUGAACACGCCAACCACAUUCAAGUGAAAGACCGAUUGUUGCAGCUGAGAUUAGACGUAUGUGUAAGUGUAAUCCUACACACAGUAAGUAGUAUUUUUGUAUAUGGAGGUGAUCUUGCACCAACAUGGUGCUCUAUGUAAUUUGUUAACCACUAAACAUUCGCUUUUGCUGCACCCCUCUCCUCGCAGUGCUGCAUACAUUUUCAGAGCUGUUGCCUUGAGUGUGUUGAGUGGGGAUUCUUCUGAUCUACUAGUUACUCCUGUAAUGAGUGCACCACUAGAAACAAAGGUACAUGUUUUGGGGAAAUAAUGAUAACAUUAAUAAUAAUAUGAUAAAUUCUGAUAGAAUAUAUGAUUGUAUCUGUUGUAUUAGACAUUUACAUAGGGCUUUCAGUUAGUUUGAUCAGUAUUAAUAUAUGAAAACAACAUGCAAAACUAUAGUCAACAACAGGUCACUUUAUAUGUUGCUCAUAGUCUUUCUGAGAUUAAACAGGCAAAGCGCUUGCCCAACCAAGGAAUUAUUAGGGAGUUGUAAAGCAACAUAUAACUAUUAGGGAGUUGUAAAGCAACAUAUCACUUUUUGUGAGCACAGUUCAACUGUUUCCCUACUGAGACGCUACUAGAAUAUAAAUGAAGACUAAAAACUCCAACAUAUGGCUGCACUGUCACAUUUCAAAGAGCAUAUUAAAUACCUCUGAGUAUGCAACAUGAGAGUAAACCACAGUAACAUAACUAGAAAGUCCUUUCUUGGAAUUAUAAUAUUUGGCACAAUGUUUGAUGAUCAACAUCACUAUUGUAGACAUGUUACUUUCAUACCAUUGGAGAAACUAUGUCUAUUAUUUAAGCUAUAUUACUAUUUAUACAUUUAGUAUUAUUGUUAUUAUUAUUAUUAUUAUUAUUAUUAUUAUUAUUAUUAUUAUUAUUAUUAUUGUUGUUAUUAUAAGGACCAUGUUACACCCUGAAAUUAAUGGUGUAGUAAAUGUCUACACAACUGGAAUAUGAUGGAAGAAAUGCACAACAGGAAGUACUAUACAGUCACUACUAAACCAUGCCCCGAGUAACAACACCAGUAGAGAACACAUGAACUAUGUCAUCUUUACUCUACUUUACAGAAGAAGAUGAUGAUGGCCUCUUGCAACAGAUGGAAUACUGAGUGUGUCAUUUGUCAACCCUCCCACAGUAAUGGAAUACUGUACUGUAAACCACAAACUGACUUUUUGGUACGAGAUUCCAUUUGAUAAACAGAACGAGAAACUGAACUAUGUUGUUGUUUGGAAAGCUUUUUAAUGAAGUGAAAGAAAUGAAGUUAAGCUAUAGGAUUUCUUUAAAUGCGAAAUAAUAAAAAGCAUCAUUUUUGUGUUCA